AAUCAUAUUUGUUGAAUCAGGAAAUACGAUUCUUUCUCAUCACAACACGUCGUAGUCCAACAGAAAUAGUAACCCGGUCGAUCCUGUGUACCAGUUUUCUGGUUUUGUAGGACCGGUACAGAUGCCUUCUCAUUCUGAUACACAUCGAUAAACUCCACUUGAAUGAUCUGAAGAAGUUGGCCUGUGACCCCAUCAGUCAAGUCAAGAAAAAAGAGUAUUUGUCAGGAUGGCUUUCUCAGGGAGUAUGGUGUCAGCUUUAGCUGAGAUACUGAAACCUCCUGAAACUGCAGAUUCAGACAUUGAUCUGGAUGAUGAAAUGCCUAAAACACAGUUUGCUAAGAUGGGUCCAGGAGAAAUUGGACCAACAAAGAAGGAAGGCAGUAGUGAUGAGCCAAAACAGGAUACUAAGAAGCAGACUAAGGACAUCUGGACUGAAGACGAGGUUGGGGAAGGGGCGGAAUACGAAUCAUUAUACGACCCUCGACCACAACCAGAAUAUGACAUCCUGUACAAGCAGGCAGUGACAUCUGAGGAUAUGUUCCUACAAAUGGGAAAUAAGAACCCGGCUACAUCUAGCUGUGAGGACAUGGUGGUAAAGAUCAAGUUACCCGACACAAAGAUAUCUGACAUGACACUGGAUGUAAAAUCAAAGUUCCUGGACUGUAGAACCCCUAAACUGAAGCUGGGACUCCAUCUGCCCCACCCAGUGGACCACGAGUCGGGCAAUGCAAAGUGGGACGGAGAUAAGGGUGAACUGUCGAUCACGCUCAGAAUGAAGAGGGACCUGGACUUCAUGAACUUUUGAUCCUUGUCUAGAGGAUACAGUUUAUAAAACCAUCACUUUCAAUGCGUUUACCAGAGGAUGCACAGGAUGACAUGUAUCCAAUUUGUUUGUGAAAUAGAAAAUUUUACAUCUUAGAUGUGAAUUUGACACCUGUGAAAGAUUUACAUCAAAUAUGUAUAAUAAGUGCAUCAGAAUCCUUUGACCCAGACAGUUUUCUACUGGUGAGGUUGCUAUUUUCUUCCUUCUCCAGUAUUCAGGAUUUUUUACCACCAAUUACAAUGUACUGGAGAUUUUAUAUCCUUGACAGUUCUAACAGGAGCUCACAUGUUGAUUCGUCACAUACAUGUGUAUAUCAGAACAAAGUUUUCACCAAACAAGGGUGUACCAUGUACACCCAAGGACACGUAAAAUCAUCUAUCUCAUUCAGUACUUUACAUUGUGUUCACAUUCAAACUUGAUUUUUUAAUCUGUCACUUAAAAAUGUGUUGAUUUUAUUUAUUGAGAGACUCUCUACCAAGUAUCAGUAGUACUAGUGUUUCUAUGUAUGAAGCUAUCCGUCCAUAUCAAAAAUAUUUGUCUUGUAGAUUUUUUUUCUCAGGAAACCAUCUUAUAUUGAAUUGAAUGCUGAAGACAUUUGUAUAACAAAUGAAAAAAAUUGGUGAAUUUAUUUUUGAUAAGUAUGAAAUGUUUUUAAAAUAAUUGUCAUUCCCUGAUGGAUUAUACAUGUACCCGUCCACAUUCCAAAACUUGUGUUAAGUUAUUGUACAAUGUUGUGUUGUUAUAUAUUAAAUAUUGACAAAG